AUGGAAGAGGAGGAGUCAAGUGAAGAAGAGGAUGAGCUCCCCAUGUACCAAGAGCACUAUGAUGCUCUUUUCUCCAUGGACUUCAUGGACACCAAGUACCCACAUGUUGACACCAUGAAGGCCCUUGGAAUCUUUGAAGAUGUGGAGUUGGUCCUCAAGAACAUGCACUUGGCCAAGCUCUUCUCCUACCACAUGGAAUCCUACAAGGAGCUCACUUGCGAGUUCCUAGCUUCAAUGAGGUACCACAUGUAUGAGGAAGAAGAUAGAGCUGAUUUGGACCAAGGAUUGGGAUGGAUCACGUUCUUGGCUAAGGGAGAGAAGAGAAUGGUGACCUUUAGGCAGCUGGAGAUCUUGUUUGGGUUCAACUAUGGAGAGGGAACCAAGUGGAACUUCAAGGAAAAGGAACUCCAAAGGGUUUGGGCUACAAUCGCUGAUGGAGUGUACUCUUCCUCAAGGUCCAAGGCAGCUCAGAUCAGGAGCCCAGUCUUGAGAUAUGUGCACAAGGCACUUGCCAACACCUUCUUUGCAAGGAAGGCAACCGGGACAAUCAACGAGGGGGAACUCAAGUUUCUUGACAUGGGAAUCAAGCCCUUCUCUCACGCACAAGCGAUGGCAAGAGGAUAA